AUGUUCAUAAGCCGUUGCACGGGCUGGGUUGUGCAAUGGGCUGCUACACUUUUGUUUCGGUGGUGGAAACGCGGCAUGUUUGAUGUGUGUCUUGGCAAGCAGAGGAGGUAUAGAAGCAAGUCCAGAAGUGGCAGACGACCCGCGUCGACGAUGUGCGGUCGAGGGGCGAUUUCUUUUUUGUAUGCUGUGAAUCGUCUGGUUUCACGGGGUGCGAUGGAGGCGAGUGCAGAUGAAGAUUGA